UCAGUCGUUGGUUCAGUUCAGUUCCUUCCAGACAGACACACGCAUCACUCACGCAUCUUGCAUCCACCAUGGCCAAGUUCCAAGUGCUCCUCCUCGUGAUCGCCAUCGCCCUCAGCCUGCUGUCCCUGGCUGAAGCUCAGCGUCAGCGUUAUUCGCAGCGCCUGAGUCGCGGACGCUCCCGGUACUCGGCUCGCCAGGAGCUGGCCCCAGUGGAUGCUGGGGAUGUGGAUGCCGUCACUCCGUAUCCCUCCGCUGACGAACUGAAGCCCGAGGUGCCCUUCGACGAGGCGGCCGCUCCUGCCGCCGUGGAUCCCACCCCAGACGCCGUCUACGGACCCCCCGACGCCGCACCCAACAGCGUGCCCGAUGAGGUUUACGGUCCCCCCGACGUCACCGGCAACGAUCUGCCCGCUGCCGACAUUCCUGCAGAGCAACAAGCUCGUCUGGUGGCAGCCAGGCGCGCGGCCAACUACCGCCGUGCCGGACAAGCCGUGGCAUAUCGCCGUGUUGCCUCCGCUGUGGCACGUCCGGCCAAGCUGAGUGCUGCCCGCUCAGUUGUGAGACGCUUCUAGAUGCGGUCUAUCGUUUCUGUCCCUCAUUUGCAUACGAGCUGCCUGGGCUGGGCAGCUGUUUAGUCAGAUGUUGUACCCGGUACAUUCCCAAAACCCAUGACGUUCCAUCGAUCCAGCGAUCCAGCAAU